AUGGACACAUACUCUUUAAAAACUCUACCAAAUGGUAGGAUUUCAUCACUUAUAAAAGAUAUUGUUACAGAAAAAUAUUUACAAGUUCUUUCUCACAAGUGUAUUAUAAUAUCGAAAGAGCAGUAUAUACAAUUAUGUGUAGAAAACUUUUUUUAUCACGACAAUGGUGUGUUAUGGGUUACUAUGAAAUUAUCACCUGAAAGCAAAAAGAAGCAACAAGAAAAUGAAGACAACAGUCACUCAAAUCGUCUUAGAUAUAAUCUCAAUUUUGUGACUUCUGAAAUUCACAGAAGAUUAUAUACAGAUAACAUAUCGGAAGUGAAGAGUGAAAGAAUUGUACCGCUGGUGGGCUCAAAUUUAGUAGAAGAAAAUGUGGCUUACACAAACGAAGAUGAAUUCUUCAACAUAGUAGGUACUUUUGGUGUCAAUACUGAUGAUGUCAAUGUUACAUUUCAUCCAAUCAAUGCAUUUGAGAACUCACCUAAAAUUGCCGCCUCGGCAGAAGUUAGUCUCAGUAUAAAUGAAUAUGAAUUAGAAAAUGAUUUCUUAAAGGAAGUAUUAAGCAAUUACUUUGAAACACCAAAAGCUGUUUCUCUGAAUGAUAUGAUAAGCAUUAAUUUAACACCAACAAACAUGUCCAAAUAUAACUUUAGAUAUAUAGAUUUGGUAGAUUCUUGUGGAAAAUUAUAUUUCAAAUGUAAAAAAUUAGAGACUGAUGAAUCUUCCACUUCUGAUAAUGGCAAAACCCUUCCAGUCUAUUAUAUAGUAAAGGGUGUAACUCAAUUAACUUUAGGAGAUGGCACACAUACAAUGAAGCCGAAAAAUAAAUACUUUGAGCCUAAAACCUUAAAUCAACGACAUAUUUCACAUAUAUGUCCAACAGGUUUAAAAGAUAGAUUUAACCAAAUACAAGAAACUAUUAAGCCUUUUUUAACUGGUCAAAUAGAUGAAAUGUCUUCCUCAUUACCAUCACCUAUCAUUCCAAUGAUACUUUUAACUGGUCCUAUUGGAUCAGGAAGACAUCUCUUGGUUCGGGUUGUCACUAAAUAUAAUGGUUUAAAUUUCGUACAAUUUGAUUGCAACUCAAUACAAAAUACGACCGCAAAACAAACAGAGAGCAAAAUAAGUUCUAUGAUACAGAAGGCAAAAUCUGCUGCACCUAUUAUUGUUCUAUUAGACAAUUUUGACGUAUUAGCAGUGGACUCUGAAAAUAACGAGGACUUCAGAAUAACGGAAUACUUCAAUAAUACUGUGACAAAUCUAUACGAAAAUUAUACAAAACAUCCGAUCAUAUUCAUAGCGUUAGCGGAAAAGAUGGAUCUGAAACCUAACAUGAUGAGAAUGUUCCUAGAGAAGGUAAACUUUAAGAAGUUAAACGUUGAACAGCGACGGGACAUGUUGCAGUGGUUUAUAUCAGUGAUGAAUAUAAAGAUUGAUGAUGACGAAAAAGGUUAUUACGAAAAACACCAAAGAAUUAUCGAUGGGAGCGAAAAACAUGUGUUAAGUGACCAUAUGAAAGAUGUUCUGUUUAAAGUGGCGUCAAAAACUGAGACAUUUCUUCAAGGGGAUUUAGACGUUCUGAUGCAUUUUGCGUUGCGUGAGUCGUAUUUGAAGCAAGCGAAAUGCCCUACACUUUUUACUAGAGAUGCUAACCUACGUUUCAUACAAGAAGAAGAUUUCGAUAAAGCUUUGGAAACCAUGAGAAGUCUUCAAAGUCAACAUUUGGAUGCACCGAAAAUUCCCAAAGUAUAUUGGGAAGAUAUCGGUGGAUUGGCAAAAUUGAAGAAGGAGUUAUUAAAAACAAUAGAAUUCCCAAUCAAAUAUCCUCACUUAUUUAAAUCAUCGUCACUUAAAAGAUCAGGUAUAUUACUAUACGGACCGCCGGGCUGCGGUAAGACGCUGGUAGCUAAGGCUGUGAGCACUGAACUGAAUGUGAGUUUCAUGAGUGUGAAGGGCCCGGAGCUUCUGAACAUGUAUAUAGGACAGUCAGAGGAAAAUGUGCGAAAAGUGUUCUCAGCGGCGCGAGCUUCUUCCCCCUGCAUCGUGUUCCUAGAUGAACUAGACGCGCUGGCUCCGCGACGAGGCGCGACGGGAGAUUCCGGGGGCGCCAGCGACCGGGUCGUCAGCCAACUACUGGCUGAAGUGGACGGAGUCGACGGAGAAGACUCCCCAUCAUCGAGCUUCGUAUUCAUAAUGGGUGCAACGAACAGGCCGGAUUUAUUGGAACAAUCAUUGCUAAGACCGGGUCGACUUGACAAGUUAGUGUACGUUGGACCUUACACUGGACUCGCUGAGAAAACAUCGGUUCUUACAGCAUUGUGUAGAAGUUACAAGCUCCGACCGGAAGUAGACCUGGAGGCUGUGGCGGCAACACUUCCGGAGAGCUGUACAGGCGCCGACCUCCUACAAGUGACCUCGACCGCGCGUGCCGCAGCCGUUAGAGGGCUAGUAGAGAAACUAAACAAUGGACUGGUCAAAGAAAGCGAUCUCAGCGCUGAUUCGGUUGUUAUCGGCGUGUCUGAUUUCUGGGAAGGUGUUGAAGCAUUCCGACCAUCUGUUACUGAGGAAGAACUGGCUUACUACGAAUCGCUCCAAAGACAAUUCUAA